AGCCCCAGGUGAUGGCUAAUUGCCGAAGUGAGCCUCUGGUUGUUGAGAGCACCCGCUGGCCAGCCCUGGUACUGCAGCCCACAAGGCAGGUGAGUCCCACCACUAUUGGCAAGUCCAUUCCUGACACACGCAUGGGACAUCUACACUGAUCAUCAGGGCACUGAUGAUCAGUGUGCCCUGAUGAUCAGUGUAGCCCCAGCAGUGCCACCUGUCAGUGUCCAUCAGUGCCAGCUGUCAGUGCUCAUCCAUGCCACCAGCCAGUGCCCACCCGUGCUACAUCAAUGCCACAUAUCAGUGCCUACCAGUGCACAUCAAUCCCACAUAUCAGUGCCCAUCUGAGCUGCCUUUCAGUGUCACCCAUCAAUGCCAGUCAGUGCCACCUAUCAAUGCCAGUCAGUGCCACCUAUCAGUGCCGCCUAUCAGUGCCAGUCAGUGCCGCUUAUCAGUGUGAAUCAGUGCCGCCUAUCAGUGCCCUGUCAGUG